AUGGCUGCGGCCAAGCACCUACUACGGUACCUACGCGGAACGCCGGACCUGCCGAUCGUGUACAAGAAGGGGCAGUUCAGACUCUCAUGCUUCACUGACUCGUCAUUUGGAGCCAACCCAGACAACGGCAGGUCUACCACCGGAUACCUGUUCUUCCUAGGAGGGGGACUGAUCAGCUACGGAGCCAAGGCACAGACUCUCGCAGCACAGAACACCGUGGAGGCCGAACUUCAAGCGCUGAGCUUCAGUGCUCGCGAGGCAGUCAUCAUAUCCAAGUUCAUGACGGAAAUCGGAUUCAAGACCUUUCGAUCGGUACCCAUCAACAGCGACAGCACCGGAGCAUUGACUGUGGCCAGCAAC